UGCGUUUGAAAAUAGAGCGUCAAGAACAUGAUUAACAUCGCGUUGGAAACGUAAAUAAUUCAUCAGUAUGAAGACCAUGAAAAGGAUAUCAUCACAGUAUGACUUUAAGAGGCUGAUGAAUCCCAGGGCAAAGAAAGGGGAAGCGUACGUGCCAACGGAUGUUGAACACAUGGCCAAUAUAAUCACACACGGGGGCUGCAUUGUGCCCAGUAUCCUGGCCAUGUUGUGGAUGCUGUACAUGGCUCAGACCGGCCUCCAGUUUUUUAUCGCUGUCCUGUAUGGCUGGGCUCUUGUAGCCCUCUUCUCUGUCUCCUGUACAUUUCAUACCCUGGCGUUCACAGGAAGAUUUCAUAAGCUGAGACAUUUCUUUCAUGUAGCUGACCGAGCUGUGAUCUAUAUAUUUAUUGCCUCCUCCUACUCUCCCUGGUUGACUUUACGAGAUUUUGGAGGAAUUGAGGAUGAAAUGAUGUGGCUUAUUUGGAUUAUGGCAGUCUGUGGAAUCAUUUACUCCUACACAUUUCAUGAGAAGUACAAGAUAUUGGAGAUUGUUCUUUACCUGAUCAUUGGUGUAUGUCCCGCUGCUGUGGCUUUCUUAAUGAGAGAACCGUCUGGGAUUUAUGAGCUGUUUCUAGGAGGAGUUACUUUUGUACUAGGUGUUGUGUUCUUUAAGAGUGACGGAGUUAUUCCAUUUGCUCAUGCUAUCUGGCAUCUGUUUGUUCUAGUUGGUACAAUGUUCCACUAUUAUGCUAUCAAUCUGUAUUUAAUAGGACAAGAGGUAGAUGAAAUCAAUAUCAACAAAUAAGCACGAUCCUUUGUCCUCAAUUAUUGUUUUGUUGUAGGAUUUUAUUUUUACAAUAGAUGUAUUUUUGUUGAAGGUUCUGUUAUUAGCUUGUAGAAUGCCUUGUCAUGAAGUUUUUGCUGACUGUGAUUUCUAUCAUCUAUGUUAGUUUAACUUUUCAUUGGCAGUCUUUUAAAACAAUGAAAGCGGAGUUAACAAAUUUAUUUGCAUAAAGAAGGAUCCGUAAGGACCGCUACAAACGUCAAUUUUGAAUCAUAUUCAGAAAAUGCAAUUCAUGAAUGUAUUCAAAUUCCACCAUUCUAUCAUGGCUUAAACAGUCCAUAUUUGGAUGAAAGUUUGCCAUCACAAUCACUGUUGGAGAUUUAAAUGUCUUCACGCAUGACUGGUACUUCGGGCUGGUAAGGCUUCCGUCUUUAAUGAACUCUAAUAACGAGUAGUUCACCUGGGGCUGAUCAUUCCUCGCUAGGUGUUAGUCUUAAAGACAUUUUUAUGUGUUGUUAGGCUUAAAGUUUUGUUGAUAAAUUUUAGUCUGUGAUUGAUAGGGUUUAAAAGAGAAAAACUAACUUGUUAACUUAGAUAUAUUCUUUUCAAUGUAUUUUAAA